CGAAUUAAGGAAUUUGAAGAAAUAGAAAGAAUUGUGAGACGGCGUCUUUAUUUUCAGAUGCAAUUGCCUUAGUUACUAAAGUGAAAAUCGCAUAAUAAUACGUGUUGUCCUUGAAUAAAUAACGAAGUUAGCUCUGGAAUAAAAAAAACUUUCAAUAUGGGAGACCAACAAUUUUUUCUGAAAUGGAACGACUUUCAGACGAAUAUGGUAACUUCUUUUAGGCAUUUGAGGGAUGAGAAAAGUUUUACAGACGUAACACUGGCUUGCGAAGGACAGACGUGUAAAGCACACAAAAUGGUACUAUCAGCGUGUAGCCCAUACUUCAAAAGCUUAUUAGAGGAGAACCCAUCAAAGCACCCCAUUAUUAUCUUGAAGGAUGUGUCAUACCUGCACUUGCAGGCGAUACUAGAGUUCAUGUAUGCUGGGGAGGUUAAUGUAUCCCAAGAACAACUGCCUGCAUUCCUCAAGACUGCUGCACGCCUUAAGGUUAAAGGGCUAGCCGAGCCACCACCACAGAUGCCAAGUAUCAAGAGAGAAGGGUAGCCCAGUGUGAAAGACUUUAGUGAACGUAAACAUCUAUGUAAAAAUAACAAUAAUUUACACAUAAACACACACACACACAUAUAUAUAUUUUUAUAUGGCAUUUUUGACACCAGUCCUAAUUAGGAAGGACUAUUUAGGCACAUUAGGGCUUUAACUCAUUUUCAUGUGCCGUUCAAAUCACUGCUUAUAUGUAUGUAUACGAAAAAAAGAUUUUUUUUUUAAAUCUAUUGUCAACUUUUUUUUUAACCUUAAAAGUUAUUUUAUGGGCACAGGGGCUUAAGAUGGAAUAUCGUAUUCAAUAUUUUUAUAUGUUGAGUGUCAACAACUGUGUUUGAUAUUUCUAGACUUAUAAAUUUAACACCAACAGGUUACACCUUUCCCUGCAUUAAUGGAUAUAUAGUCUUGGUACUUAAAACUCCAUUGCACAAAGACAUGUAUAUGAUAACAUUAGACUUAUUCUUUCUAUAUUUACAGCUUGAUAAAAAAUGAAAUUUGAGUGAUGCUAUAUCAUAAAAUAACAAGUUAAUAGUUCCCAUGUGAUACUCCGUAUUUUGCUGCCUAGUGACCUUCAUAAUGAGGACUUCCUACGCCUUGCAACAGUCAGGAAUUCGACAACUUCAGCUUCCUCACUACUGUCUAAAUGUGUAGAUUAAAAUGCUGACUAAACAAUCAUUUUUUUUUACGUAUGAUUUUUAUGAUCUGCCGAGACUUGACCCUGUGUGCACAAUAUUAGACGCGGCCUGCGUAGGCCCUAAUCGACAUUUUUAAAAAUAAAAUAGAAUCUCUAAAGCAGGCUGUACCGCGAUUUAAACGCCAUUGUUUCUUCGAGAUUUCUUUAUUUGUUACCUACAAAGAUAAUAAAUAGGAUACGACGUCCUUGCCUUAGUUUCUACAUUAACGCAAAUAUUAUUUUAUUUUCUUAUAACAGUCUAUGCAAUCAGUAUACUAAAUUGUCAAAAAAAAAACUUAAAAAUUAGCUGCUAGCAUUUCGUUUUGCUAGGUUAAAUGGCCAUCUACCCAAUAAACAGCACUGCCGCUACGCGCCGUUCGCAUUCCUUAUAGGGUGUAUCUUAAUGCACAUGUUUUUUUUUUAUAAAUGCAACAAAACGCAUAAACAUUAAACAGAAAAACAAGAGACGGUAUAAAAUUUCUGGUUACUUAUAUUGGAAAUAACGUAUUAUUUCAAACCUAAUUAAUUCAUCACAUAUCGAACAUGGAAACAUAAUCUUAUGUUAAAAAGAAGUAAUAAAAAAUCAAUAAAUAUUUAACGCUAUGUACACAAAUGAGGCAAAAGUGGCGUAUUAUAAGACACUUGACGAGGGCCCUCGAAAGAGGGGUAAAUGUUACAAGAUGUCACUUGGUGAUAUGCCACAAAUUAUACACGUUUCAUAUAUUUAAUUAUAAUAGAGUAAAAUGGCAAUAAUAUUAAUUAAUCGCACUAAGGAGCAUUUGUUCGUUGUCGUUACUAUAAAUGUUUUUAGAGUUAGGUCCAUCUCAAACAGAUAUGUCGACGUUCGAAAUUGAAAACGAAACACAGAGGUUUAUACGAAAACAUUUUUUGAAUAAGUUUGUCUGCGACCACAACUAAAUAUAUUACACUUAUUGUGACGACAUUUUUGUGUGAUUUGUUUGUGCUACGUUAAAAACCAAAAUGCCAUUACACCUAAUUCUAAUCGACCGGUAGGAGAUAUAAGAUUUAGCUUUCAUUAUAUCAUAUAAUAUACUUAAAAAUUACCAAUUAUACCCUUAUUUUUACCUAUUGACAUCAGAGGCCCAUCAAAAUAAAUAUAUUAUAAAGUACCAAAGAUAUCUACGUAUAAUAUUUCAUUUAGAAGUCCGAGAUUUCUCGACUAAUUUAAACUACUAAAUUGUCAUUUACACAGUUUUAGUCGGUAUGGCUAGACUCCGUGUUACUAAAUGCAACCAGCAAUACCUAUAUUUAGCCAUACAUAAAUAGUAAACAUUUAUAUUUAACUAACUAAAACUGGCCGUUUAAAACUAGGUGUAAACGCAUUUUGGUUUUUAGCGAUAACAUUUACAAAAAUGUGUUAUCAUUAGAAUAUAUCAAGCUAUAUCUGACGCUCUGAUUAAACAGAUUGGUGUGGUUGCCAGCACACUUUGGACUUUCCAAUCUUAGUUACCUAACAACCAAAGUAUUAGCUUAUAACCUCCGGACAUUUGAACUAAAGUCUGCUUUGCAAUCACACCAACUCGUUACUAACUAUAUUACUUGCUGGUAGUUCAACUGAGAUAUACAAGACGUUUGAUUUUACCAAGAAUAUUAACGACUGCGAUGCACAGCACACGAACCAUAGACAAAGAAUAAUCAUGUUUUGUGAUUACCAGAAUUACUAAUGCGUUGCUAGCUUAUAAGCAAUAUUUCGAAUACAUUGCCGGUGUUUAAGAAAUAUUACGAAUACAUCGCAUUACAAAAUUCACUCAGGGAGCUCACGAAACGUAGACAAAUAAUAAUGAUGUUAUGUGAUUACCAAAAAAAGUUGUUAAAUAGGCGUUGCAGAAAUAUUCCCACUUCAUUGCCGGAUUUUCAGAAAUAUUACCAAUAAGUUGCCGGUAUUUAAGAAAUAUUUAUUACCAAUCACAAAGAGAUGAUUCUUGGGUGCUUUCCUAACUCUUUAAGAUUUUAAGAAGGUAUUGUCUUAAAGUCGAAAUGCGUUUGUUCUUUUUGAAUAAUAUUAUAUUAAAUGUGAUAAACUAACCGCAGAAGAUAUAUAGAGAUAUAUUUAAGCUGUUCAAUCGAAUUGCAUGAUUACUUUCUAAUUUUGGUUACCUAAUGUAGCCCUAAUGUAGUGCAACUAAAUGUUAAGAUGUAAAUUCCAAAUAUAUUUACUGCCAGCAAUUUAAUAUAGUUCUAGAUGUAGAUUUACUCCACCAACGGAUGCCUUAUGAUACUUUCCAAUACAAAUGUCGAUUUUCCCAAUUGCAUUUAAAGUCUUUUAUUCUAUAUUCAUUUUUGAAAUGUUACAAUGUUUCAAUAAGCUAUCUUAAGCGUUAUGCAAAGCAUUUUUACGUGAAAACCCCGUAACAUGUCAAUCUUUUUUCCAUCUAAAAAAAAUUAGACUAAAUUAUUCAUUAAAUUGAACCUUGCAUUAUAUACAAACAAUGACAUCCACUGGCAAGGGAUAAAAUUAACAUGUCCCCCUGGCAAGGGAUAAAAUUAACAUGUCCUCCUGGGAAUAGUACGUUUAUUAUUACACAUAUAUUAUUUGGAUAUUAUUACUACUUGUGCUCCAAUUGCUCGGAGAUUUGCUAAAACUGUGGGAGAAUAUACACAUCUCCUUUCCCCGGGACGAAAAAUAUGUCCUGGCCAAAUAGAGAAAUAAAUGUAGAUUUCCGUCUAUCACUCCCAAUGUUUAUCCCAAAGCAAGAUGUUGCACUAAAUUUUGCAAUCCACUGGGCUGCAAAUAACAAUUCCACUGUACAUAAUCACUGGUACAAAACUUAAAAUUAAUCUUAGUGUCUUCCUAUGUCCGAAUAGCUACAGAAAAGUGCAUAAGCGCACUAUUAUUUACUACGCAGUAUAUUGGAGCUCAAAUUUCUUCCCAAUAUUUUUGGUCCUUCGACGCGGAUUUUGUUUAUCUAAAUAGUAUAAGAUUCGACUGUUUGUAUUGGACUGUUUUAAUGACUAUGUCUGUUAUAAUUAUAAGGUGUUGUUGCCUGUGUAUAGUUAACAUUUCAUUUUAACCUUUAUGGCAUAUAUCUUUAAGGCCCAUUUAAUUUUAUUUUAGAUUUCGUGCUCAAUAAAAGCAUAAUACUUUUUUAAUUUACUCUUCUUUCUGUAAUAUCUCUUAAUUUUUAAAGUUUGACCUUUUUCUGUCAAAAUUGUAGUAGUUUUAGUUUAGGUAUAGGUCGUGUAAUAAGCGAUGAUUGUACGAACAUAUUUUACCCUCACUUCAGCUAAGUGUUAAAUACUAGAGGCCAUCUUAAAUGUUUUUAAGGAAACCAUUUUAUUUAAUUUUAUUUGAUUUGACUGGUAUAAGUUCUUAUUACAUGACCUGAAAUUACUUUUUUAAGGAGGUCUAACAUGGCGCUCAUGGAUUGUAACUAAAUUGCAAAAAAAAAGUUAAAAUUCACCUUUCUGUACCUAGAAAUUUCCAUUUUUUUUUGUAGGCCCUGAUUCAUAGCGUUGAAAUUUCUUUGUAAAAAUUACUUUCGUAACAUACAUUUUGACACGUCUAUAAUAUUACUGUACAACCUUUAGGUAAUCAAUUUUUAUUCAAGGCACCAGUACGCUGUAACCGCGUCCCUAUUUAGUAAAUGACUGACCGUCUUCAAAUAAACAUGAUUUCACAGCGUUGGUUGUAUACUCACACUUUGUAUGUUUCGCCACGAGAAAAGUUACUGAAUAAGGCAGCUGUUCUGAAAGUUGCAAACCGUUAGACCCUUGACCAUACCAAAUUAUCAAUAAGUAUACCUAAAAUAACCGCUGGCAAAUUAUACGUUUUCUAUAGAUGUUUGCAAUCUGUCAGCAAAAGUUACAGCAAACGGCAACUGGUUACAAUCCACUUUUGCCAUCUUGGUUCUCGAUAUAAAAUUUCCGUAACGGCAUUAGCACAUUAUUUUAUUAUUUGUAUUCAUAUGAAAUUCUAAUGUUAACUUAGUACAAAUUCAAUUUUUAUUUUCCAUUCUUCAUAAUUCAUUCUUUGAAUGUAUCCGACUGCCCAGUGUGAGAUUUUCGUCCGACGUUUACUUAUUCGAUCGCGUGAAAGUUAACUACAGUUUGUAUGGUACUGAAAGAGCGCCAUCUAGUUACAAUACUGUGAAACCCAACUCACACCACCUUACAAAUUGUAGUUUUAAGAGGGCCAAUUAUCAGAUUUUCUACCUAUUGGUGCGACUCCCCAGUUAAAGUUUCCAAGUGAUAGAUGAUACUGGAGUGACGUGAGCCGGGUUUGAUAAUAACUUAGGGUCAUUAUUGACCGUCCAUGCAAAAUAUAAAGGUCUGCAGCUGUCGUUAUGAGCUGUGGAUUUAUUGUACUGAUCGGCCAUUAUUAAUUAAUUAUAAUUCUCACAUCGGUUAAAUUAUGCGAUAAUCGUUCCCGGGGCAUGACCCUGGGAAUGAUUAUCGAACGAUGUUUUUAUGUAUCUUUUAUCGAGGGGCUCUGAUCGCACGAUAAAUUUCACACAAGGUUAACUUUUAUGUCAAAUAUUUUGAAGACAGGUCCAGAAUCGAUAGCAUUAUCGAUCUAUGUUAUAAAAAACGUUUUAUUCGCGCCUUUCUCACUAAUUUAUAAUAAAUUACUGAAAUACAUAAAACAGUAUAUUUGACUUUUAGCACAUAAAUAACACGGCAACAAUUUUCAACUGGACAAUAAUCAAAAUUGCUCGACAGUUUAAUGAGUUCGAGGUUUUUAAGUAUGAUCUCUUAAGAUUCAUUUCAUAGUGUUUGCAAGUGGACUAAAAAGAACGUGAUUACUGAUGAAUUUAUGCACCGCACGGCGCAAAGAUUGGGACAUUUAUUUUUCGCUUGCGUUUCUACACCAGUAGGAUACUUUUUCGUAGGAUAAAUUAAUUUUUUAUUACCCAUUUUUAAAGCAUUAAUUUAAGAAUAAGUAUUUUAUAAUUUCAGCAUAACAUAAUUUUUCGUUUGCCAGCUUCCCCUUCCACGUGUUAAAUCGUAAUUAUAGUUGUUGUAUAAAUGUAAAUCUGAUAUUUUUAGACAGAGUAACGAUAUUUGCUGAAUAAAUACUUAGUGAUCACGUGAACUAGUUUGUAAUGAUUGAAAGAUUUGUAAUUUUAGAUAAUAAUGAUAAAGAAAUAAAUAAUAAUUAUGGUAUGAAUA